AUGGAUUAUCUCAAACAAACAGUCAAGUUUGCAAGAGAAAAAUGGUUUGGGGGUGCAUGUCUAUUAACGGAAUUUAAAGACCAGUUAACAACGUUCAUGGAAGGGAAAUUACAAAUGCAAAGAAAUAUCAAGAGUCUUUUUGUUAGGGCUCGUAGUAUCGAGAAUGGCACUGGUCAAGUAUUCUUUUUGGAUGCUCCUGGAGGCACGGGUAAAACGUUUCUUUUAAAAUUAUUAUUGGCUAGAGUACGAAAAAAUGGCGGAAUAGCCUUGGCAGUUGCUUCUUCUGGCAUAGCAGCCACGUUGCUGGAUGGCGGUAAAACAGCGCAUUCUGCUUUUAAAUUACCCUUAAACCUAAUGCGUGUAGAGACACCUCUGUGCAACAUUUCAAAGCAGAGCAAUAUGGCGCAAGUCUUGAAAGAAACAAAACUUAUAGUAUGGGAUGAAUGCACUAUGGCCCAUAAAGGAGGCGUAGAAGCUCUCAGUAAAACUCUGCGAGAUAUAAGAGAAAAUGGUAGUUUGAUGGGCGGCGUUACGGUUCUCUUAGCUGGAGACUUUCGACAAACCUUACCCGUCGUACCAAGGGGAACACGAGCCGAUGAAGUGAGGUCAUGUUUAAAAUCAUCGUAUUUGUGGCCCCAAAUUAAGAAGCUCGCCUUAAAGACAAAUAUGAGAGUACUUUUAGGAGGUGAUGCUACCGUUGGUGAGUUUGCACAGACUGUGCUUCAAAUAGGAGAUGGAAAUUACCCUACAGUUGAUGGUAAGAUUAUUAUACCACCAACUCUGGCUACGGUAGUAGAAUCUCUUACAGAACUAACCAACAAAAUUUACCCCGACAUCAUCAAUCUCAAGGCAAAACCCAUAGACUGGUUAUGCGAACGUGCUAUUUUGACUCCCAAAAAUGAUAGAGCGGCUGGUAUUAACGAUCUUUUGUUAAAAUCAUUUGAAGGAGAAGAAAUUCAAUAUAAAUCCGUGGAUUCGGUAGUACAAACUGAUGAUGCUAUAAAUUAUCCAGUCGAGUUUUUAAAUACGCUUAAUCCAGCUGGUCUUCCCCCUCAUAAUCUCACACUUAAGAUUGGCGCACCAGUUAUGCUAUUAAGGAACCUGAACCCUGCAAAGUUAUGCAAUGGCACCAGAUUGCAAAUAACGGCUCUCCACCAGAAUAUUGUAGAGGCCACGAUAAUCACGGGAUGUGCUCAAGGGGAAAAGUUCCCCCUGAAGGUCUGCUUCGCAAUAACUAUUAAUAAAGCACAAGGUCAAACAUUGAAAAUGGCCGGAAUAGACCUGAUGGAAGACUGUUUUUCUCAUGGACAGUUCUAUGUGGCCUGUUCCAGAAUGCAAGUGGAUCUACAGAAGCAAAACUUGCAAUUCGCAGAAGAAGAAAACAGCUAUAAUUACUGUUGUGUUAAAGCCAUAAAGCCAAAACUACAAAUCAUUUUAGUCAUCACAGGAUAA